AUGGUGAAGGAAGUUCCACUAUUGCUGCCUUCACAGCAAAAUGAGCUCAAACAGGCACUCACACAAUGGGCAUUGACCAACGGGCUUACUAUGUUUCCUCCUAACUUUGACGAGAAUGUCACGGCAGCUGCACCAGUUACGUUUUAUCCCACUCCGUUUCCCCACACUGCAUUUAAAACGGCCAUUGACGUCCAGAAAGUGUUCAAUGAGCUUUAUAUCGGGGUGGUCUCGCGCCACAAGACUUGGUUGUUGGAAAUCCUCGAGACUUUGGCCCAGUUUGAUCAGGAUUUUACCGGUAAACUUUUUGAAAUUUACUUGAAAUCACUUGUGGAUGACAAAAGUGUCCAGCCGGUGUCUUUAGGACUAUUUCGGUCGGACUAUAUGGUGAAUCAAGACGAUGAGGUGAAACAGGUCGAGUUCAACACUGUUAGCGUGAGUUUCGGUGGACUUUCAACCAAAGUUGGACAAGUGCAUCGAUACUUGAAUCAAGGUGGAUUCUACGAUAAUAAGUAUUCGUCCACGUAUUAUGACGAUGACGAACUACCAGUCUCAAACUCAGCUUCGGAACUUGCUCGUGGUCUUGCUCAGGGCGUAAAGCAUUAUUCUCUGGGUAACACUGUGGUGUUGGUAAUUGUUCAACCUGGCGAGCGCAAUGUCUUUGAUCAAAAACACAUUGAAUUCAAUCUUUUGGCAGAGUAUGGGAUCCGGUCUGUUCGUAUGACUUUGGAAGAAGUUCAAACCAAAACAACUAUUAACCAACACAAGUUGUACAUCAAACUGACCAUGGAUGAAGUAUCGGUGGUAUAUUAUAGAUCCGGCUACGCACCCAGUGAUUAUUACAAUGAUCAGAUUUGGGACGCUCGUCUUUACUUGGAGAAAAAUAUGGCUAUAAAGUGUCCUUCUGUGCUAACUCAGCUUUCAGGUGCCAAGAAAGUACAGCAACUUCUUACUCAACCAGAAAUUAUAAAGAGCGUGCUUCCAGACUUGGUUGAUGCGGACCUUGAAAAAUUGGUGUCCACUUUUGUCAAAAUAUAUCCACUUGACGAGUCAGAAGAAGGUACUUAUGCAAAGAAAGAGGCAUUGGAAUCUCCUGGCAAAUACGUUUUGAAGCCUCAGAGAGAGGGAGGUGGUAAUAAUAUCUACAAGGAAGAUAUACCCGAUUUUUUGUCAAAAUUGAAUGAAAGCGAAUGGGGUGCCUAUAUAUUGAUGGAGCUCAUUAAACCUGCCAACCAUGAGAAUGUGAUCUUGAGACAAGGUGAAAUCAUUAGUGACAAUAUAAUAUCAGAAUUGGGCACCUUUGGCACGGCGUUGUUCAACGAAGAUAGCGGAGAGAUUUAUGAGAAUGAAUAUGCCGGUUGGUUACUCCGGUCCAAGGUGAGUUCCAGUGAUGAGGGAGGUGUGGCUGCCGGUUUUGGAUGUGUAGACAGUGUCUACUUGUUCUGA